AUGGCACCCUCCGCCGUCUCGGCCCCCGAGCCUACAACCACCACAAUGGCCAUCAAACCCACCAAACCAACCAACCCCGGCCUCGAAGUCGAAAAGAAAGAAAAGACACCCCUCGAAGCCAUCAGCCAAGGCGUCUGCCUCCCCGGCAUCCCAAAAUAUGUCUCUUUCGACGCCCACCGCCGCGACAUGUUACAGCACAUGGCGGGCGCCUUCCGCGUCUUCGCCCGCAAAGGCUACACCGAAGGCAUGAGCGGCCACAUCUCCGUCCGCGACCCCGAAAACAUACAUACCUUCUGGACAAACCCUCUCGGCAAGCAUUUCGGGCUUCUCAAAGCUUCAGACAUGAUUUUGGUGGAUUAUGAGGGGAAGGCGAUUGGUGGGAAUAUGUCUAGGCCCGCUAAUGCGGCGGGCUUUUUGAUUCAUUCGGCGGUGCAUAAGGCGAGGCCUGAUGUUAUUGCUGCGUGUCAUACGCAUUCGCCUUAUGGAAAGGCUUGGAGCACUUUUGCCAGGCCGUUGGAGAUGUUGAAUCAGGAUGUUUGUUACUUUUAUGGCGAGGCUCAGGCUGUCUACAAGGAGUUUGGCGGUAUUGUGUUCAACGAAGAGGAAGGUAUCAAGCUUGCCAAUGCUCUGGGACCAAAGGGCAAAGGCAUGAUUUUGAGAAACCAUGGCUUGUUGACUGUAGGAAACACAGUCGAUGAAGCUGCCUACCUGUAUACUUUGAUGGAGAGGAGCUGCGAGGUACAGCUGCUUGCUGAGGCGGCGUGUGCCAGCGGCAUCCAGAAGGUCAUUGUGCCUGACGAAUCUGCCGAGUAUACCUACAAGAUGGCCAGCGACCCUGAUGCUCUUUACGAAGAGUUCCAGCCUGACUUGGAGUAUGAGGAUGCCAUGACCAAUGGCGACUUCAGGAACUAA